CUCCUGGGACCACCUACGCUUUACUACAAUAACACAUCUAGCAUCACCCUAAGAUCACACGCACCAACAGCAACACAAACAAUAGAAGCGUCAACAUAAUGGCAUCCGAUCUCGCACCCCUCCCCGAACCCGGCCUUAGACUGUUCCCAGGCUUCACGGCCCAAAAACCAGAGACUUUUCUUAUGAAAGGGUCACGCCUGCGGGGAUACAAACCAUCCUUCCUUGUAUCACAUUCCACAGCAAGUGGCGAGUCCGGAACGCCGUUCCUCAAGAUCCGCGGAAAGAACAGAGCUUUUGUGACUAUGCAGGCGAAGUUUUUGACUAUGGAUGGAGAAGAAGUCAUGCGUAUAGACAAACAGAUACACUGGAACGGACCCGUCGAGUACCAUGAGCUGACUAUCAAUGACCCGUCAUCAUUCGCCUACGACAUCAAAAUCCAGAACAAAAUCCAGAAUAAAUUCCACAACAUGGUCCAGAACGUAGUCCAUGAUCAGGGCAAAUCAAUCUUGAUAGAUGGCAACCCUGUCGCAACAAUUUCACGGAGCAAACCCUGGUCCAUUUCUGCCCGCCGCGAUCUGGUCCACGUAGCACCUGGCAUGGACAUACUCGUUGCACUAGGUGUUACCUGGAUACGAGCGGAUAAGCAGAAGUAG